AUGUUGCGAGAUCUGUACCGGGUGGAAACACUCGAUGUACGAUUCGCAUCGCCGACGGGGCAACCGCAUCCCUCAGCACAGCCGUCGAAAUGGCGGACAUGGGAAUAUUACCUCUACUACCUCGUCUUUCUCACCAUUCCCGCGUUGAUGUUCAAAUGCGUCUACGAUGUUUCCCGUCCAGAUCAUCCGGGCUACCAACGAUAUGAACAUUUACUCUCGGAAGGAUGGAUUCCCGGAAGGAAAUUGGACGAUUCCGACUCACAAUACUCGGGAUUCCGCGAGAACAUUCCUGUUAUGCUGCUCGUCUUGAUCCUGCAUCCCAUUCUGAGGAGAGUGACGAGUCCAUCCAACCAAAGCAAAGUCGAGCCGGAAAAACGAUUGAACUCUCGAGUCACCUUUGAUCUCACCUUUGCCUUGAUUUUCCUCGUGGCAUUGCACGGCUUCUCCACCGCAAAGGUCCUUCUCAUUCUGUAUGCAAACUUCCAAAUCGCAACAGCCCUCCCCAAGCAAUACGUUGGGCUGUCAACUUGGAUUUCCAAUAUUGGAAUUCUCUUCGCCAACGAGCUUUGUCAUGGAUACCAACUCCGAGACAUUUCUGCUCUCCUCUUCAACACAUCCCCGGACACUCCUGGAUGGGCCGCAUGGAUCGACAGCUACGGCGGCCUCCUCCCUCGUUGGGAAAUCCUCUUCAACAUCACCGUCUUACGUCUCAUCGCCUUCAACUUUGACCAUCUCUGGAUGCAAGAUCGUCGAGCCAGCAGUCCCAUCGAGAAGAAAAACCUCAACCCCUCUUCCCUCCCCGAACGCGAACGCGUCUCCAUCGGUGCUCUUCCCCAGGACUUUACCUUCAAAAACUACCUCGCCUACACUCUCUAUUCCCCUCUUUACCUCACCGGUCCCAUCAUAAACUUCAACGACUACAUCUCGCAAUCCCGCCACCCCUUACCAUCAACCUCCCGCCAACGAAUCAUCCCCUACGCGAUCCGUUUCUUCCUCUGUCUCCUCGCCAUGGAACUGGUCCUCCACUACCUCUACGCCGUCGCCAUUUCAAAAUCCUCUCCCGAUUGGUCCAUCUACUCCCCCUUCCAACUCAGCAUGCUAGGUUACUUCAACCUGCACGUCAUCUGGUUGAAACUUCUCAUCCCAUGGCGCUUCUUUAGAUUAUGGGCAUUGGUAGAUGGCAUUGAUCCACCCGAGAACAUGGUCCGUUGCAUGUCUGACAACUAUUCCGCCUUGGCGUUCUGGAGAGGUUGGCAUCGUUCCUUCAACCGCUUCGUGGUGAGAUAUAUCUAUGUCCCCAUGGGAGGAAGUGGAGGGGGGAAAAUGAGAGCCAUGGCAAAUUACCUCGCCGUCUUCACUUUCGUCGCUCUAUGGCAUGAUAUUAACCUCAAACUCCUCAUGUGGGGCUGGCUAGUCACUCUCUUCGUCCUGCCAGAAGUAUUAGCGACUCUGGCUUUCCCGGCGAGGAAAUGGAAAGAUCGACCGGAAGCGUAUAGGAUGUUAUGUGGUUUAGGAGCCGUGGGCAAUAUCCUCAUGAUGAUGGCGGCUAAUCUGGUGGGGUUUGCUGUGGGAUUGGAUGGAUUGAAGGGGUUGGUUGAGGGGAUAAUUUCAGGGUGGGAAGGGAGGGUAUUUCUGGCGGCUGCUUGUGCCACGCUGUUUGUGGGCGUGCAGGUCAUGUUUGAGUGGAGGGAGGGGGAGAAGCGGAGGGGUGUGUAUUUGAAAUGUUAG